AUGUCGUCGACCUCUCCUUCGAAAGAACCUGAAGUGGAACCUGAAGUUCAAUCAGGUGAAGAGCAGGAACAAAUGGACAAGGAACAACAGGACCAGGCACAGAACCAGGGAGAGUUUGAAGUGAAGGAGCAGGAUAGGUGGUUACCCAUUGCCAAUGUUGCUCGCAUCAUGAAAUUGGCCCUGCCGGACAAUGCCAAGAUUGCAAAAGAAGCCAAGGAAUGUAUGCAAGAAUGUGUGAGCGAAUUCAUUUCGUUCAUUACUAGCGAAGCGUCCGAGAAGUGCCAACAGGAAAAGCGCAAAACCGUCAAUGGAGAGGACAUCCUGUUUGCCAUGACUUCACUGGGUUUUGAAAACUAUGCGGAAGCCCUUAAAAUCUAUUUGUCGAAGUACCGUGAGACCCAAUCCGCGAGGGGUGAGCAUCAGAAUAGGCCAACAAGCAGCGGAUACGCCUCUGGUGGACCGGUCGGAGGCGUAAGCUCCGCCCCGGGAGGACGUCCGGCAACCGCGGGAGCGUUCCCCGAUGCUGCUGAUAACGCCAACAGCAUCAUGAAUCCAAGCUUAGAUCCCGCUGAACAAGAUGCCUCUGCCUAUGGGUACCCGCCCAUGGUGGGCCAGGCGCACAAUGGAACGGCUGGCGAUUCCUACUAA